AUGCAGCAGCAGAGAACAGACUCUCCUAAACCCAGCUGUGUGUCCAUGAAGAGUGACCGGUCUAUGCCUCGUCCUUUUUGGUUUAAACAUGGACAACCUGCUGAUGGAAGAGAAGGUUUAGAGGGCGAUACAGAGGAUGAAGUUUCAGAGUGUGAGGAUCACAUCUCUGAAAAAUCUGACACUGAGUUGGAAGAGGAGGAUGAGCAUCAGCCAGCUCAGAAGCAUAAAAGUGCCUCAAGACCAGCCUCUGCACCUUUUGUAUCGUAUAGUCUGUCAGAGGUUCCCAGUGAUCAGCAGCAUCAAACACAGCUGGACUCCAUAUUUAUGCUGCUGGAGGAGAACAUCGUCACUUUUGUGAAGAAUGAGCUGAAGAGAGUCCAGAGGGGUCUGAGUCCAGAUUACCCAGAAUCCUUAGAAAGUCAGAGUGAGGAUGAGGAGGUGUUGGACUUUGAGGAGGAAGAGCAGAGGAGGAGCAGCAGAGAGGCAUUUCUGAAGAUCACAGUGCACUUCCUGAGGAGAAUGAAGCAGGAUGAGCUGGCUGAGUGUCUUGUUCAUUCAGGAACUCGUGCUGCAGAGUGUCGACGUAAACUCAAAUCUAACCUAAAGGAAAAGUUCCAGUGUCUGUUUAAGGGGAUCGCUAAAGCAGGAAAUACAACCCUUCUGAAUCAGAUCUACACACCGCUCUACAUCACAGAGGGAGGGACUGCAGAGGUCAAUGAUGAACAUGAGAUCAGACCGAUUGAAACAGCAUCCUGGAAACCAGACAGACCAGAAACACCAAUCAGACAAGAAGACAUCUUUAAAGCCUCACCUGGAAGAGAUAAACCAAUCAGAACAGUGAUGACAAAGGGAGUGGCUGGCAUUGGGAAAACAGUCUUAACACAGAAGUUCACUCUGGACUGGGCUGAAGACAAAGCCAACCAGGACAUACACUUCACAUUUCCAUUCACUUUCAGAGAGCUGAAUGUGCUGAAAAAGAAAAAGUACAGCUUGGUGGAACUUGUUCAUCACUUCUUUACUGAAACCAAAGAUGCAGGAAUCUGCAGGUUUGAAGAGUUCCAGGUCGUGUUCAUCUUUGACGGUCUGGAUGAGUGUCGACUUCCUCUGGACUUCCACAACAAUGAGAUCCUGACUGAUGUUACAGAGUCUACCUCAGUGGAUGUGCUGCUGACAAACCUCAUCAGGGGGAAACUGCUUCCCUCUGCUCGCCUCUGGAUAACCACACGACCUGCAGCAGCCAAUCAGAUCCCUCCAGAAUGUGUUGGCAGGGUGACCGAGGUCAGAGGGUUCACUGACCCACAGAAGGAGGAGUACUUCUGGAAGAGAUUCAGAGAUGAAGAGCAGGCCAGCACCAUCAUCUCCCACAUCAGGACAUCACGAAGCCUCCACACCAUGUGCUGCAUCCCAGUCUUCUGCUGGAUCACUGCUUCAGUUCUGGAAGAUGUGUCGAAAGUCAGACAGAGGGGAGGGCUGCCCAAGACCCUGACUGAGAUGUACAUUCACUUCCUGGUGGUUCAAGCCAAAAUGAAGAACGUCAAGUAUGAUGGAGGAGCUGAGACAGAUCCACACUGGACCCCAAAUAGCAGGAAAAUGAUUGAGUGUCUGGGAAAACUGGCUUUUGAGCAGCUGCAGAAAGGCAACCUGAUCUUCUAUGAAUCAGACCUGACAGAGUGUGGCAUCGAUAUCAGAGCAGCCUCAGUGUACUCAGGAGUGUUCACACAGGUCUUUAAAGAGGAGAGAGGGCUGUACCAGGACAAGGUGUUCUGCUUUGUCCAUCUGAGUGUUCAGGAGUUUCUGGCUGCUCUUCAUGUCCAUCUGACAUUCAUCAACUCUGGAGUCAAUCUGCUGACAGAAGAACAAACAACAUCCCGGUUACCCAAACUGAUCAGAGGCAAAUCAACACGUUUCUACCAGAGUGCUGUGGACAAAACCUUAAAGGAUCCAAAGGGAAACUUGGACUUGUUCCUCCGCUUCCUUCUGGGUCUUUCACUGAAGACCAAUCAGAGUCUCCUACGAGGUCUGCUCAUACAAACACUAUGUAGCUCACAUACCAAUCAGAAAACAGUUGAGUACAUCAAGAAGAAGAUCAGUGAGAAUCUGUCUGCAGAGAGAAGCAUCAAUCUGUUCCACUGCCUGAAUGAACUGAAUGAUCGUUCCCUAGUGAAGGAGAUCCAACAGUACCUGAGAUCAGGAAGACUCUCCACACAUAAACUGUCUCCUGCUCAGUGGUCAGCUCUGGUCUUCAUCUUACUGUCAUCAGAAAACGAUCUGGACGUGUUUGACCUGAAGAAAUACUCUGCUUCAGAGGAGGCUCUUCUGAGGCUGUUGCCAGUGGUCAAAGCCUCCAACAAAGCUCUGUUGAGUGACUGCAACCUCUCAGAGAGAGGCUGUAAAGCUCUGUCCUCAGUUCUCAGCUCCCAGUCCUCUAGUUUGAGAGAUCUGGACCUGAGUAGCAACAACCUGCAAGAUUCAGGGGCGAAGCAGUUGUCUGUUGGACUGGAGAAUCCACACUGCAGACUGGAAACUCUCAGUCUGUCAGGAUGUCUGAUCACAGAAGAAGGCUGUGCUUCUCUGGCUUCAGCCCUGAGCUCCAACCCCUCCCAUCUGAGAGAGCUGGACCUGAGCUACAAUCAUCUAGGAGACGCAGGAGAGAAGCUUCUGACUGCUGGACUGGAGGAUCCACACUGGAAACUGGAAACUCUCAAGAUGGAUCAUGGUGGACCACAGAGACUGAAACCUGAUGUGAGGAAGUAUGCCUGUGAACUGGAGCUGGACCCGAAAACAGCAAACAGAAAACUCGAACUGUCUGACAACAACAGGAAGGUGACACAUGUGGAGGAGGUUCAGUCAUAUCCUGAUCAUCCAGACAGAUUUGACUUCUGUCCUCAGCUGCUGUGUAGAAAUGUUCUGACUGGUCGCUGUUACUGGGAGGUCGAGUGGAGAGGCGACAUCUAUAUAUCAGUGACUUACAAAGGAAUCAGCAGGAAAGGAGACAGUGUUGACUAUGUGUUUGGAGGGAAUGAUCAGUCCUGGAGUCUGGACUGCUCUGAUGUUGGCCGUUACUCUGUCUGGCACAAUACGAGAAAAAUAAUCAUCCCCUCCACCUCCCCUUCCUCCCCUUCCUCCCCCUCCUCCUCGUCCUUCUUCUUCUCUAACAGAGUAGCAGUAUAUGUGAACUGUCCUGCUGGCACUCUGUCCUUCUACAGAGUCUCCUCUGACACACUGAUCCACCUCCACACCUUCAACACCACAUUCACUCAGCCUCUGUAUGCUGGGUUUACAGUCUGGUCUGGUUCAGUCUCUCUGGUUCCUCUGUAGGAGG